UACUGGUGACAAGGCGUGGUUUAACCUUGCAGAGGGGCGGCUAGGCUGCACUUACAAAGCUUGUCGGCGAGGAUAGAGCUGUCUGACAGGAGGAACUGCUGCAGUCAAUUGAACGCCAAAAGAUGGGAAAAAAGAGCAGAGUUAAAACCCAAAAAUCGGGCGGUGGGGCCACAUCAGCAGUCUCCCCCAAAGAUAUGAUGAAUAUAAUCUCUGAGCUGCUGCAAAAGUGCAGCAGUCCAGCCCCAGCUCCAGGGAAGGAAUGGGAAGAGUAUGUCCAGAUUCGAUCCCUGGUAGAAAGAAUACGCAAAAAACAAAAAGGUUUGUCUGUGAUUUUUGAUGGAACAAGAGAAGACUUUUUCCCUGAGUUAAUGGCAUGGGCUGCAGAAAACGGGGCAUCAACUGAAGGCUUUGAAAUUGCAAAUUUUCCUGAAGAAGGCUUUGGUUUAAAAGCCACCAGAGAUAUUAAGGCUGAAGAGCUGUUUCUUUGGAUUCCCAGGAAUAUGCUGAUGACCGUUGAAUCAGCAAAGAAUUCUGUCUUGGGUCUGCUUUACAGCCAGGAUCGUAUCCUGCAGGCAAUGGGGAACAUUGCCCUGGCUUUCCACUUGCUGUGUGAACGAGCUGACCCCAACUCUUUCUGGUUGCCCUAUAUUAAGACGCUGCCCAGCGAGUAUGACACCCCACUGUAUUUCGAAGAGGAAGAAGUACAUUACCUGCAGUCUGCCCAAGCCAUUAAUGAUGUGUACAGCCAGUACAAGAAUACGGCACGCCAGUAUGCUUAUUUUUACAAAGUUAUACAGACCCAUCCAAAUGCCAGCAAACUUCCCUUGAAGGAUGCCUUUACCUUUGACGACUACAGAUGGGCUGUCUCUUCAGUAAUGACUCGCCAGAACCAGAUCCCAACAGAGGAUGGGAACCGUGUUACUCUGGCCUUGAUCCCACUCUGGGAUAUGUGCAAUCACACGAACGGACUGAUUACCACUGGUUACAACUUGGAAGAUGACAGAUGUGAAUGUGUUGCCUUGCAAGACUACAAGGCUGAUGAGCAGAUCUACAUUUUCUAUGGCACUCGGUCCAAUGCUGAAUUUGUGAUCCAUAAUGGUUUCUUUUUUGAUAAUAACUCUCAUGAUCGGGUGAAAAUAAAACUAGGAGUGAGUAAAAGUGAGAGGCUGUAUGCAAUGAAGGCUGAAGUCCUGGCCCGUGCAGGUAUCCCAUCGUCUAGUAUCUUUGCACUGCAUUGCAGCGAGCCUCCAAUUUCAGCCCAGCUUUUGGCCUUCCUUCGGGUUUUCUGCAUGAGUGAAGAUGAACUCAAGGAGUACCUGGUUGGUGAACAUGCUAUUGAUAAAAUCUUCACACUUGGUAAUGCUGAAUUUCCAGUAAGCUGGGACAAUGAAAUAAAACUCUGGACUUUUCUGGAAACCAGGGCUGCCCUGCUUUUGAAAACCUAUAAAACAACCUCGGAGGCUGAUAGGUCAUUGUUGGAAAAACCAGACCUCUCAUUUCAUUUCAAGAUAGCAAUUAAGUUACGUUUGGCCGAAAAGGAGAUAUUAGAGAAAGCUGUGGCAAGUGGUCAGGCCAAGAGGGAGUAUUUUCAAAAGAAGCUGGAGGAAGGGGCUCCUCUUCCUAAAUAUGAAGAGAGCAACAUCUCCAUGUUGGAGAACUCUGUUUCAGACUCCAAACUCCCAAUCAUCCUAGGGAAACUGGAAGAGGCAGACGAAACAGGGGAGCAGGAAUUAAAGAUGACUGAGGCUCUUUCCGAAGUAAAUGCUGGAGGUGAUGUUCUCGUGAACGGGGACAGCAAGCAGCUCAGUGGCACCAACACAGAAAAUGAAGAAACCCUACAUAGAGAGGAAAAUGCCAUGAAGACUGACGAUGCCAAAGAAAAUGUGGAGGAAAUCACUGAAUGCAACAAGGUAGCAGAAGGACAAUCUUAAACAAAAAAAAUAUAGUAUUUCUUUUUUCUAGUGACUACAAAAUGUAAAAUGGCAUAACUUUAUGAACAGUAUAAAUGUCACAUGUGGCUCUUAGUUAUGUCUGUCUGCAUCAGAGAAAUGUACAACAAUAGUGCUGCUUGUAAAUCCUUUAUAAAAAAAAAAAAAGUUUUAAGUUUGUAAUUUUUAAAGUUGGUGGUGUUGUUUUAAAAAGAAAGUGCUGCACUGUUCUAUGAUGUUCUUUAUUAACAUCCUUGGGUUAGCCUAUUUCGACCCUGAGAUUCCAGCUGAAUUAUAAUGCAGUACAUACAAGCUUCCUACUAGUUUUACAGCAUGCAAAGACUUUCACAAGAAAUUAUGCAAAAAAAGCCCUCCGUUCUAUGAAAUGUAAACCCACCCAAAAAAGGGCAUAAGUCCAAUACCGUAGUAAAACAAUAAGGUAGUUAUUUUUCUUGAGGUGUGAAACAAUUCUACUUGUGCCCCGUAUUUAAAAAUGUAGUUUCAACAGUUUUCAGUCCAAUCUCCUUAAAAUAAUUGAGUGAAGUUUCAUUACAUAUUAAGAUUUUUGAACCUUUAACCACAUAAUUUAAUUUCAUUUUAUCAUGUCACAAUGUUAGAAUUUGAAGUGAUACUUUUCAUUUAUUGAGCCAUAACAUUAGUUAAGUUUUUUUUUUUUUCCUCUGGCUGAUGGAUGAUGUCUUAAUUCCUUUGUCCUUUUAGUUCAUCCAUUUAAGAAUCUCACAGAGAAGCGAAGAGUAUGUCAUUUCAAUUUUAAUUACACUGUUUAUAAAAAAAAAUCUUUGAAUUAACAAAAAGCUGUUUGACAAUGUGUUCAUCCAUUUGAAUAAAAAACAAGUCUGCCAGCUGAACUUUAA